AUGACACUACGCAUCGCAACCCAACGACUAUUCAGAACACGAUUGGCAGCACAACGACCCAUGUUGAUGGCGACUUCAGUGCGUGCAGAGUCGACAUUGAAUACUGGCGAGGUGCUUGAAGAUCCUCAAAUUGGAGAUUAUCCCAACUUGCCACGCUACAGUGCGCAGACACGUGGACCCUAUGGCUGGUGGGAUCCUCAAGACAAGCGUAACUUUGGCGAGACCUUGCACGAGGAAGAUGAAAUCUUUGGUGUAUGGGCGCCUGAUCUGUUUCGUGAUGAUCCUUGGAUGGCUUUGGGUCAACUUGGUCUCUUUUCAGCUGCUGUAGCUGGUUUUUCGUAUUUUAUUUACAAGACGCAUCCUGCUCGUCCAGCGGCCCAACGCAAGUAUCCUUACGAUGGCCUCAAAAAAGAGUUAGGUGGACGUGACAACGACGUUAGAUCGCCUGGGGCUCGUCCCGACAAUGGAGAGUGA